CAGAGAGACAGGAGAGGAGUCAAGAUCUAGAAACAAAGAACAAGCUGGAUCAAAACUGACUAUGUGGAUUUACUAACGAGCCUAAGGAGGAUUGUGUCUGCCUCUUUUUGUCACAUGCACUUUCAUUAGUUGGAGGAAACAGUCAGAGUGUUGUUACCCAGUAUCUAAGUGGCUGGUGAAUCCCGGACAAUGAAACUUAGUGUGGCGUUGUUUUUUGCGGGGCUCUUCGGGGCUCUUGCAGCUGUCUUCAUUCUGCUCUCCUUUGGAACCGAUUAUUGGCUCUUGGCUUCAGAGAGCUGCAACCCAAACCCUGAAGAAAGUGUUGGUCCAGGCGGAGUGACCAUAGAGGUGGGUGUAGCAGGCUGAGGUGAUGGCAGCUUGUGUCUUAUCUCCUAGUUGGGUGUUGUGUAAGUGUGAUUUAAGUUUUAAAAAUUACUUAAUGUAUAUAUGGAUAUGGUCAGCUGAUCUUACAUGGCCAUUACAGACAUAAACAGAAUUUAAGCUUUAAAUGGUAAAUUAUGAAUGUUCACUGCAUUCCCUCAUGAAGAAUACUUAAAUGCCAGAUGGUGGACCUUUAAAUUUUUAUGGUAUUAUGAAAAAAGAAGAAUGUUGUUUAUUUUAAUUAAGCUCAAUGUCCUUUUUCAACUAUAACUGAAAGACAGCUAAACAUAUGGGGUGUUCCAGUACGAGUAAAAAAAUUCCCAAUGAAAACAACCAGAUGUAUAUCAUCUGUCCUUUCAUACUGUUCUGAACCAAGACAUACAGCACUGCACAUAUAUCAAAUUGCACUAAAUGUAGCAUAUCAUACUGUAUUGAAUCAUAUCAAAUUACAUUGUAUCAUAUCAUAUCAUACUUUAUCACACCACACCUCACUUCACCACCCCACUCUGCACAGCACCAUACCACACCUUACAACACCACAUUAUGCUAUUUUUUACCCAUAAUUGGGUAUAACCAUCUCAUAUCGUAUUGUAUCGUUUCAUAUCGUAUCAUAACAUAUUGUAUCGUAUUGUAUCAUAUCAUAUUGUAUCGUAUCGUAUUCUAUCAUAUUGUAUGCUUAUGUAUUGGUCCAUGUUAUAUAGUGUGACUGUAUGGUAUAGUAUUUAUUAUUGCCUGUCCAAUUGUAGCAUUAUUUACAUUACUGUUAAUUGAAACCUUUGUGUCAUAUUGCAUAGACAUGCAUCCUUCCAUAUUGACUGCAACUGACUAUAUUGUUCGUCUCAAACUGCAUUGUAUCAAAUCAAAUCACAUCAAAUUAUAUAGAAAUAUUGAAUAACUGAAUUGUUUCAUCUUGUAUCAUAGCUAAAAAUAUAUACUGAAGAAUUCUAUUAUGUCUCAAGAGUAUUUGACCAAAGAUCAAUAACCCUGGUAUUUGGGAUGUGUAUGGUACUUGAACAUUAAACAGUAUACAGUCAAUGAGAGCUCAGCUCCCUGAUAUAAGAUACUUUAAAUACCUGUCUGUAGAAUAAAUAUCAAAGUCUCCUCUUUUAUUUUGAAAACUUCUCCAAUGUUUCUCUCAGUGGAUUUACUGCAGGGUGGAGAGGCAUCCUUGCAGCAGGACAUCUUCAUGUAAUCAGACACUGUUUAAUGUUGUGCGUGUGUGUCUGUUAGUGUGUGUUCAGCUAUUCAGUAGUUGAGACAUAGUGUGUACAACGUGCCUCUAUGAUAGAAAUACAAAUACCAGCAGAGGUAUGUUGCUAUAUUGAAUAUCACCGACUAGAACAUACUUAGCUUUUCAUAGUGGGCACAGAUACUGGAAUCAACACAUGAUAUCACCAUAAUAAAACCAAAGUAGUAGCACUUACAGUAAAGCUAUUUCUGAUGUUCCUUUUUUGAGCAAUAAUAUGAUCAAUAAUGGAACAUAAUGGGCACUUGCACCAUAGCAAGAUGAAAAUGAGAAAUACAGCCUGAUUGGAUAAUUACAUUUAAGUGUCCACCCUCUUCAUGACUUACACCAUUCAUCAAUAUGGUCAGAUAUAAGUGACAUUACACUGUUUAGCACCCUCAAACUGCACGUUCACACGGCACCAAACCGAACCUACGUGAGGUUGGAGGUGCUUGCUCAGCUGAACCCUUGACCUAUAUUAGCAGCUGCUCUGUGUCACCGGUGUAACUCACAGUACACCUGGCUUCCAUGACCAUCAGGCUUCCCCUUCUCUUUUUGAAACUCUUCCAGAAUGAAAUAAUAUCAGAAGUUUUUUUUUCUUUUUCUUCUAUCAGCGUGGAGAUGUGGUGUUGCAGGAUGCAGCCAGUGAAACCAGUGACGUCGUUCUGUACCAUGAAGGGUUUUUCUGGAAGUGUUCGUUUGGAGGCAGCGAGGACGAUAAUGACCUGCUGUGGAAGCUCUGGUUCAGUAAGUCACAAAGACGCUUUUAUUUUGGCUUCACACCUUUAUCACUUUAACUUUUUUACUGAAAUAAUCACUGGAAGUGCAACUUAUCUUUUCAUUUUAAGGCGUGUAUAACUUUAUUUUUGUGUGUUCAAGAAAACAUGAUAUGAACAAACAAAAGUAACUCUUCCUUUUGCAAUAAACUAUAGCAGCACCGAAAUAAGAAAAUGGCCUUUGCAUGCAACAACAUGGCUAUGCCAUAUAGUGGCAUUUGUAAGUAGUUCUGCAGUGGCCAAUGGUUUGCCACCAGGUGAUAAGCAAUGUAAUGGCAUCACCACGCUGCGGUUUGGUCCUCCUUAUUCCUCUGACUAGAAAAUGCAGCUCUAGCAAAAGCUAAAUACUUUCAUGUUAUUAGUGAGGCUAAACUAAACUUUUGACCUAAGAGAAACCCAUACUGUGCAUUCCUGUGUUUCCUUUGCGAUGAGGCAUUUAAGUUGCAAAUAAAAACCAUUGCAUGCUGCUGGUCCCCCAGUUACAUACUGGUGGCCAAACUCACAUAUCGCAGAACUACCAGGAUGUGCAACAGCACUAUUGUCGUAUGGCCAGUGAAUCAUGAGAAAACACCUAAAACUCUAGUCACAGACAUCUACAUGAUAAAGUAUUGUUGUAUAAAAUAAACUCAGCACCAUGCGUCUGUCAAUGAAUCUCAUAUGACGUCAUGUUGGUAGAAACCCUCACAUGUGACUGUUAGGAGGCAGAGCCAUGUGAUGUUAUUUUGGUCGUCUGUCAGGUGAUCGUGUGUCAUCUAUUUUCUGAAGGGGACUCUGAAUGGUGGUUCAUUGUCAGAAACAGCCUCCGGCACUAAAAGGACCUUGUGAGGGUCUGUUGAAUUCCGCAUGCUGGAGGAGAAAAGAGCAGCAAACCACAACCAUAAAAUAAUGAGAAGAAAAAUCCAUUAUAGAUUAACAAAUUCAGAUUUGAAACUCAGAAACCCAAAAACAAUCAACUAAUCAUAAAGAACAGACGUGCCUUUUCUUUGCUGUUUCUGAAGUUUCUUUUUUGUGUUGCACUGAGAUUGACAUGCUACUUUUUUGUUCAUAUUCUCAAAUUUCAAAAUGCGUUAGUUUACUUAUAACUUCAUGUUUUGGAUUCUCUUGUUGUGUUAAUUUAUUCUUUCUUUCUUCAGCAAAUCAGCCCCACUCGAAAGUGUGCAUGCACGCCUACCUCUUCCCCUUCCCUGUGUCUCAACAAACCCACAAUGCAACAGAGUACGACUCUGCCAUAAGUAAGCAUCUAUUUUUCUAAUCUAUUAAAAGGUGUCUUUUUUAUCAGAGUUUUUAAAAUUCUUUUAUUGUUUGCUGUCUGUAUAUCCGGUUAGCUAAUAUAUGUGCGUCUUUAGUCUAUAGAGGCUUCUGGAGCAUCUUCAUGCUGAUCGGUGUGGCGGCUGUGGUUCUUGGUGGGUUCUUUAUCAUCUGUGCUGCUCCGUUCUCCAGUCACCGUCUGUAUAAAGCAGGAGGAGGCCUCUUCCUGAUAGCAGGUGAGGAUUUGAUAUGCCUUAAUCCUGUGCUGAUGAGUUAACAUUACUAAAAACUUGGGAGUCUGGUACCGUACUUUAGUAAUUCAACUCUUUUUGCUCCCUUACACUUGGAGAACAAAAUAAACAAAGGAUGCUUUGCCCACAGGAAGCGCCAAAAUUGAUGCAACUUUAAAGUUCCUCAAAGGAGCAUCUGGCAUCUGAUCUUAAAAAGGGUUUUUUUGUUAUGAGUUGGUUAAAUCAAGGAUUUGUUUGACAGAAAUACACAAAUACACAAACACAAACCAAGCUAAAACUAAAAACUGCAUGUUAACUGUGUGAUUGACUGUAAAUUAAAACAAUCACCAGUGAGAGUGUUGGGAAAACUAAUGAGGUGAGAAUGUGGCUGGGUGGCAUUACUCUUGGGUGGCUCUGGCCAUCACACACACCAUCAGAUUUACUUGGACAAAUGUUCAGUAGUGCUCAAGACCCCCUUGGUUGAAAAAUUAAAGAACAUAAUUCAAAGUAUAAAUCAAAUAAAUAUAGUAUCCCAAAUAAAGCUGUAAUGUAAUGUAAUAAUUUGACUCAUAAAGGCUGUUUCUCCACUUGUUUUCAAGCACAAUAUGUUCUUUAUACUUUUAUCAUUUUCCUAAUGCAAGUCUUUUACUUUGAAAAACUUUUAAAAAUGUUAAACUAUCAUGUUUGGACCUUCUUAGUGUAUGUAAAUGUCUUUGACUCAUCAGUAUCUCGUCUCUGUCUCUUUUUGCUCCAGCUCUGUUCCUGCUUUGUGUGGUGGUGAUGUACGUCCUGUGGCUGCAGGUCUUAGAUGUUGUGGACCUCUACAUAGACCACCAGCGUGCGACAGUGUGUCCAAACUUCCAGCUGUCCCUCCACUACGGUCUAUCCUUCAUGUUCGCUCCUGUUGGCAUCUUCUUCUGCCUUCUGGCCGGCCUCCUCUUCCUCCUUAUAGGCCGAACCAUCCGAAUUCACUACCAAUAACUUUAACUAGGUUGGAGGAACAGUGGGUGGAGGACGUGGAUGAUCUCUAUUGUGUUUUGUUUGAUCACUGUGAUGUUGAUAUUUUCCUCUAAAAGCAUAGCUGUGGUGAUUUUGUAUGAACAUUUUGUUGCAGGAAUCAAACUGUUUUGUUUUUGUCAAUAUAGAAAUGAGGGAUUUUCAGCAAAUCUACAAGAUAAAACCCUGUGGUGCCUAUCACUUUAGUCUGAAUCUUGUGUGUUUAUGGUUUUGAGGGC